AUGACUUCCAAGCCGCAUUCCGACUGGAUUCCCUACAGUGUCUUAGAUGAUGAGGGCAGCAACCUGAGGCAGCAGAAGCUAGACCGGCAGAGGGCCCUUCUGGAGCAGAAGCAGAAGAAGAAGCGUCAGGAGCCCCUGAUGGUGCAGGCCAACGCGGAUGGGCGGCCCCGGAGCCGGCGGGCCCGGCAGUCGGAGGAGCAGGCGCCCCUGGUGGAGUCCUACCUCAGCAGCAGUGGCAGCACCAGCUACCAAGUUCAAGAGGCCGACUCACUCACCAGUGCGCAGCUGGGAGCUGCCCGCCCAACAGCACCAGCCUCAGCCAAGAGAACCAAGGCAGCCGCUGCAGCUGGGGGCCAGGGCGGGACCUCUAGGAAGGAGAAGAAGGGGAAGCGCAAAGGCACCAGCGGGCCAGCAGCACUGGCAGAAGACAAGUCUGAGGCCCAAGACCCGGUGCGGAUCCUGACUGUGGGCCAGUCAGACCACGCUCAGGACGCGGGGGAGACGGCAGCCGGCGGGGGCGCACAGCCCAGUGGGCAGGACCUCCGUGCCACGAUGCAGAGGAAGGGGGUCUCCAGCAGCAUGAGCUUUGAAGAGGAAGAGGAGGAUGAGGAUGAAAAUAGCUCCAGCUCCUCCCAGCUAAACAGCAACACCCGGCCCAGCUCCGCUACCAGCCGGAAGUCCGUCAGGGAGGCAGCGUCAGCCCCCAGCCCAACAGCCCCAGAACCCUCCGCGGAUGUUGAGGUCCAGGAUCUUGAGGAGUUUGCACUGAGGCCGGCCCCCCAGGGUAUCACCAUCAAGUGCCGCAUCACGCGGGACAAGAAGGGGAUGGACCGGGGCAUGUACCCCACCUACUUUUUGCACUUGGACCGUGAGGAUGGGAAGAAGGUAUUCCUCUUGGCGGGAAGGAAGAGAAAGAAGAGUAAAACUUCCAAUUACCUCAUCUCUGUGGACCCAACAGACUUGUCUCGAGGAGGGGACAGCUACAUCGGGAAACUGCGGUCCAACCUCAUGGGCACGAAGUUCACCGUUUAUGACAAUGGAGUCAACCCUCAGAAGGCAUCAUCCUCUACUUCGGAAAGUGGAGCCUCGCGUCAGGAGUUGGCAGCCGUGUGCUAUGAGACAAAUGUCUUAGGUUUCAAGGGGCCUCGGAAGAUGAGUGUGAUUGUCCCAGGCAUGAACAUGGUUCAUGAGAGAGUCUCCAUCCGGCCACGAAACGAGCAUGAAACGCUGCUCGCACGCUGGCAGAACAAGAACACGGAGAGUAUCAUCGAGCUUCAAAACAAGACCCCUGUCUGGAAUGACGACACGCAGUCCUACGUACUCAACUUCCAUGGGCGCGUCACACAGGCCUCCGUGAAGAACUUCCAGAUCAUCCAUGGCAAUGACCCGGACUACAUCGUGAUGCAGUUUGGCCGUGUGGCAGAGGAUGUGUUCACCAUGGAUUACAACUACCCACUGUGCGCGCUGCAGGCCUUUGCCAUCGCCCUGUCCAGCUUUGACAGCAAGCUGGCCUGCGAGUAGAGAGUCUCCUCGUGCGCUUUGGGGUUGUCCAGCCUGGAGUGGAGCUGCCUGCCUACAGAGACAGCCCUGCCUCCCCUCUCUCUGUACAUAGGC